GCCGGGCCCGCCUCCUCUCGCCCCUGCGUCUCCGCCCCCUGCCCGCGCUCAACCCGGCUCCCCCGCCCCGGGUUUCCUGUUUAAGAUGGCGUCCCCCGUAGCAGCACAGGCCGGGAAACUUCUGCGACACCUAAGGCUGCGGCCCCGGCUCCUGGCCCCCAGGUUCCAGGCGGUUCAGCUGACCUCCAAAAGAUGGCUCAACCUGCAGGAGUAUCAGAGCAAGAAACUCAUGUCUGACAAUGGAGUGAGAGUGCAACGGUUCUUCGUGGCAGACACUGCCAGUGAAGCUCUUGAGGCUGCUAAAAGGCUCAAUGCCAAAGAAAUUGUUUUAAAAGCCCAGAUCUUAGCUGGAGGAAGAGGAAAAGGUGUCUUCAAUAGCGGGUUGAAAGGCGGUGUUCAUUUAACCAAAGACCCUAAAGUUGUGGGACAGCUGGCUGAACAGAUGAUUGGCUAUAAUCUAGCAACAAAACAAACUCCAAAAGAAGGUGUGAAAGUUAACAAGGUGAUGGUUGCCGAAGCCUUGGACAUUUCCAGAGAAACCUACCUGGCUAUUCUGAUGGACAGAUCAUGCAAUGGCCCUGUGCUGGUGGGCAGUCCACAGGGAGGUGUUGACAUUGAAGAGGUGGCUGCUUCGAAUCCAGAACUUAUCUUUAAGGAACAAAUUGACAUUUUUGAAGGAAUAAAGGACAGCCAGGCUCAGCGGAUGGCAGAAAACCUCGGCUUCCUUGGACCUUUGAAAAACCAGGCUGCAGAUCAAAUUAAGAAGCUGUAUAAUCUCUUCCUGAAAAUUGAUGCAACUCAGGUGGAAGUGAAUCCCUUCGGUGAAACUCCAGAAGGACAAGUUGUCUGUUUUGAUGCCAAGAUAAAUUUCGACGACAAUGCAGAAUUCCGACAAAAAGACAUCUUCGCCAUGGAUGACAAAUCAGAGAAUGAGCCCAUUGAAAAUGAAGCUGCCAGAUAUGAUCUGAAGUACAUUGGACUGGAUGGGAACAUUGCCUGCUUUGUGAAUGGGGCAGGGCUGGCCAUGGCAACGUGUGACAUCAUUUUCCUUAACGGUGGGAAGCCAGCCAACUUCUUGGAUCUUGGUGGUGGUGUCAAAGAAGCUCAGGUGUAUCAGGCGUUCAAGUUGCUGACUUCUGAUCCUAAGGUUGAAGCCAUCCUUGUCAAUAUUUUUGGUGGUAUCGUCAACUGUGCCAUCAUCGCCAAUGGAAUCACCAAAGCUUGUCGGGAGUUGGAGCUCAAGGUUCCCCUAGUGGUCCGGCUGGAAGGAACCAAUGUACAAGAGGCUCAGAAAAUCCUCAGCAACAGCGGGCUGCCCAUCACUUCAGCGGUGGACCUAGAAGAUGCGGCCAAGAAGGCCGUGGCCAGUGUGGCCAAGAAGUGAUGCCUCCAUUGUCCUGGCCCCCAGAGAAAAAGGCUCUCUCAUCACUGUGAAUAAAAUGCUAAUCUCACAUGGAGGAAACAGGGGGCAGAGGAAAUGAACACCGAUCACUGUAUAAAUCUGUGUUUUCUUCAGUUAA